GCACUCUCGAGUUAGGCAUAAGGCCGCCCUUGUCUAAAUUAAACGGUCGCCAUUCAUUGCACUGACAGGAUGUGCGCACGGGCAGUGCGUCCCGACUUUGAUGGUUGCCGAGCGAUGAGCGAUCGGGAUAUGCCGCAGCGCAAACUUGCCUAUUUGUUCGUCGUUGGACUCGCUGUCUCCUUCGGCUUGCCCUCAUCCUCCUCCAUCUGUACAUCCGGCCGCUGCGCCCUUCGGUCCUGUCUUUCUUUACCUCUACGUUCUUUAAGAACAGCCACUCUUUUCUGUAGCAAUAACGCUCAAUACUAUGGACCAUUCCGCAGCAACCGACGCAGCCUCGGAGGAGGCCAUCCUCGCCGACAAGAUCAGGCUGGAUUCGUUCAGACUAGGCAGAGCCCCACCAUCCUCGAACAUGUCAAACGGUCCGAACCCGCGCCACGCGCGUUCUCAUUCUCGAAACGGUUCUGUAUCUGUGCCUCUCGCCUUCCCUACGCCAUCGGCGACGGCCAUCGACGAGUCGUCUGCACACACCCCGCGCAGUUCGAUCUCCAAGCGCAACUCGCACCACCGUCGUCGCUCCUCCGUCUCUACCCGCCGCGAAUCCGCAGAUAUGAUGGGGGUUGCUCUCCCCAGUCUCACGCCCUCCACGUCCGAAGACAAUAUAAGCCUCGGCGACAAGGACUCUAUCCGUCGCCGUGCGCUCUGGGCGCUCGAGGGGAAGACCGAUGUUGGUACCUUCUCCAAGGUAGAGAUACCCGAGUUCGAUACAGCAGAGACCGCAAAGCGAUCAUUCGAGUUUCCGACGAAACCCUCUUUCCCUCCCGGCAUUGGCAGCAAGCGCGACUCGCUCGGCAAAUUCAUGUCGUCCUCAUCGACGAAGGAGCAGUUGCACACUCUCGUGGAAGAGGAGGAGGAAGAGGAAGAAGUCGUCGCUAGCCCCGACGGAAGCGCAUCUUCUCAAGUCACAGUGGCAUCGCCCGCUCCGACUGCAGCGCCCUUCCGCCAUCGUCCAGCGAGUCUGAACCUGCGGCCGCUGUCGCUUCCGCAAAUGACGGACGACGGCCUUCCUACGCCUGGACGCACGCCGAGUCCAAACGCCGGCAUACGCUCCGGCCUCCGAUCGCUCACAUUGCCCGCCAGGCGACACUCGCUCAUCGCAACGCAGUCUCCCUCGCCAAUGUCCGGCACGUUCGCACGCCGGCCGUCGCUGAACAUGCCCGCACCCGGCCAGAGCCAGUCCUUUCCGCAGCCCGGGCGGCGGAGCAGCAUCGCCUACGUAUGCUCGGCGGGCACCCCACCGCAGUCCGUGACGGGCCUGCCGACUCCCGAGAUGACGCCCACAAGCACGGGCACGAGCGUGAGCGAGGACUUGGAGGCGUUUAUUGCGAGCCGUCCGUCGCGCCCGCUGUCGACGAGCGAGCAGCACUUUCUGUUCCAGGCACACACGACGCUCGUCCGGCGGAUCACCGACCUCGAGCGCGCGCUGUCAUCGCGGGCUAGCCGGCCAUGGUCGCGGCCGGAGUCGUGCGCGUCUGAGUCGUCCGUCGUGUCAGGCGUGAGCGAGCCGAGCGACGAGAUGCUGCAGCUGAUCGCGGACCUCAAGGCGGAGCGCGACGAGCUGAAGAAGGACGCCGAUGGUUGGCGCGUGCGUGUGGCCGACCUUGAGCGUCAGGCAGGCAGGUAUGCGCAGCUAGUGGAAGCGGAGCGACAGGCUGUGUGGGCGGUCCAGGAGCGGGCGGGGCUGCUCGAGGUUGAGAAGCGCACUUUGGAGGAGGCCCUUGAUGCGAGAGCCACCGAGCUGAAGGAAGCAAAGCAGCAGCUCAAUCAAGCUAAGGCUGACGCUAAGGGCACCAAACAGGAGUGCGAGAGGCUGAGAGGAGAGGUCGAGCGCCUUCAAGAUGUCGAGGCGGAAGUCAUCAAGUUUCGGGAUGCUUUCGAGUCGGAGAAGAAGAGGAGGGAGGAGAUCGAGAAGGACCUUGAGCACGCCGGGCUACUGGCCACGCCACGUGCGUUUGAGACGACAACGUCGCAGUUCUCUGCGUCGAUCUCGCGCAGCUUGAUGUACACGAAACGAGGUCUUGGGUUCCAGUCGAUCGACUCGGAAAGUUCAUUCACCGACGUGGAUUCUCUAGACAGCCCGCACGACAAGCAGGAGUUUGGGCUGAACGCUGUGCAGGAGGAAGACGAGGAGACGCUCUCGAACUUUUCGGAAGAGGAUGAGCUCGCGCGAUUCGAGGACGAAGAAGAGGGUGACGCGGAGGCGUUCCCAAUGUCAUUGUCUACCUCAUCCUUCGACUCAGGAGAGGACGAGACGCACACUUCGCCAAAAAUCAACGUCGUCGAAGUCUCGCCUCCAUUGAUACGCCAGGCCACGCAGGAACCAUCGCCGGUUCCGACUCCAGUCGCACAAAGCCAUGCGCGGCAUGCCUCUCUGCAGAAGGCGUGGACAUUCCCGGCCGGCUGUGCACCCUCACCCUGGGCUGGCGGUCCCGAGGAGAUCGACCGUUUCUUCGGCUGCCUGGAGGACGUGGAUAACUCACCGCCGAUGGACUCUCGCCUGCACUCGUUCGAGAGCAGUAAGAGGCUGUUCGCGCAGGCGCUGGCUGAGGCGGACGACGAGCUUCCGCCGUUUGUGCUGCCCUCGCACGUGGGUGUGGAGGUGUCGUCACCCGAGAUAGAAGAGCAGAGGCACACGCUGGACGUCGUCAUCGAGGUGGAAGAGGAAGAGGACAUGCCGAAGAGCCCGGAGGAUGAGUUUGUAGGUGAGGUUGACGAGGGUGGGAUCAAGUUCACGUUCAUGAUCCCGCCUGAGUACCAGGAGAGUCUCGUAGAGGAAUCGCAAUCUGACACUACGUCGGCGACUUUUGAGACUGAUUCAUCAAUAACUGUAGUCGCUUCGGUAGGUGAGGGCGAAGAUAAGACGCUCAUGCUCCCUCAAACUCAUCAAGAUCAGAUCGCUGCCUUGCCUUCGUCCAUCCCUCGUCCGACGCCUAUCAGGGCAUCCUCGAUACCCGUGCCAAUUGGUGCUUCCUCUCCGCACCGGUCUCCUUCCGCUUUCGCCUCCCGCAACUGCAACAUUCCCGCCACUUUCGCUUCACCUACCACGAAACGCGGAGGGAGUCCGCCUACGUCCAUUCCGCAGCCGCGGUUCAAGAGCUCCUCACCUUCCAGCUCCAAGGUGGCUUCGUUCAUUCCGCAGCCCAAACGAACCCCAUCGCUAGCGUCCUCCAGGCCAUCUACAUUCCCGCUCAUGAGUCCUCCCACCAAGAUAUCGACUCCGUCGCCUAAACCCCCUCGAACAAUCACGUCGAGUCUUCCUUCCGCCUCCCCGACAAUGAAGUGUAAUGUUUCCCUUAGCUCAGACCAUUCUUCCGGCUCGCCUCCCGCUGAGUCUUCCGCGCAGUCCCCGGUUUCUCCUUCGUCGCUCAUGUCCCUCUCCCCUACGCUUGCUGCACGAUUGUCUUUUCAGACGUUGACGAACUACAUUUCCAUGCCCUCACUCCCUUGGUCGCCUCGCUCUUACAAGUCGUCCGCCGCCGCCGCCGCACUGUGCUUGAGCCCUGAGAGAUCAAGCAUCUCGAGCUCGUCAAGUAAUGAGUCUCUGAAUCAUCACAAACAGACGACAUUCUCCGAAAGUAUCGGUGUCAGGUCCGUGAGCGCUCGGCCGAAGGAGUCCCCGUACGUACAGAGGGAGAAGCAAUUGGAAAAGUUGAGGCUCCGUAUUGAAGAUGAGCGUCGCCUGCAGCGUAGGGAUGUUCCCAACGUCAACUCUGGGAGAGCCUUGGAGGGGCUGCCGAGUACAUGAGCUCUUUGAUCGUCUCCUUCACGGACCCUUUGCUAUUGUUAUCUCUAUCGUGUCACAACAUCAUGGCCCUUUGUUAUCUACGCACCCGCAUCGCAUACACAAACCGUUUCUCAACUUCGCAUAUGGCCGCCAUUUCUUUUUUU